UUCCCGGCUGCCUAUGUGGCUGUAGAAGAAUUAGUCCACCAGUUUUUGUCCUUUGUUUUCAUUAACAGCCACAAUGAAACGUAUUAUUUUGGCUGUGUUUUAUUUCUACGCUUUUGUUGAAGCGGACGAUGACUCCAGAUUGCCGAAUAAAUGUGAAGUGUGUAAAUUUCUGACUGUGGAGCUCCGGGAUGCCCUGCAGAGAAGCGGCCGCUCCAAAGAGGUCCUGGAGGUUGGAGAUGUGCUGGACACUGGCAUGCGAAGAAGAAAAAUCAAGUACAAUACCUCGGAAACACGCCUAAUGGAGGCUGUAGACAACAUAUGUGAGCGCAUCCUGCAGUAUAGCGUCCACGCAGAGCGGCCAGGCAGCCUCCGCUAUGCCAAGGGCUCCAGCCAGACCAUGACGACUCUGAAGAAUUUGGUCCACAAGGGGGUCAAAGUGGAUCUGGGUCUGCCGUACGAGCUGUGGGAUGAGCCCUCGCUGGAAGUGACUGACAUGAAAAAGCAGUGUGAGACCAUGUUGGAGCAGUACGAGGAAGUGGUGGAGGACUGGUACUUCCACCAUCAAGACCAUGAACUAGAGGACUUCCUGUGCAGGAGUCAUGUCCUGGGAGCGUCCGAAAGAGAAUGUCUCCAGGAGGUGUGGAAAGGAGCGGAGGAAGUGGCCAGCGACGGUAGAAAGAUGCACGACGCUGGCGAACUUUGACCCGCGCAACAACGAAACCGUGUUGAAAUCACAUCUGGACAUGUGUUUCGGGCAAGCUCCGCCUCCUGAGGCCUCCUGGCCGAGCUGGCGGUUACGCUUGAUUAGCCUUUGGUAGGAUGAUGUGUCCUCUCAACUAUUUCUCCUGCUUUCUGAUUCACUGUCUCAAAGGUGAAGCGAUGCAGCUUGUAUCUACUUCAUACACACAAAUGCAAUAUGUACAGUUUUUACAUCUUAAAUAACAUUUUUUACUCAUUUUU